AUGGCAGCAGAUCAUGGUGAGCUACUUGCUGAGAUGGCAACUAUUGGGCGCCUGAGUGCCACAGAACGCCUCAAGCAUGCCCAGAAGCGCCGCGCUCAGCAGUUGAAGUCUUGGGCACAGAUGGAAAAGGAUGCAGCACGAGGGUCGAGGGCCAAAGCGGAUAAGAAGAAGCCACGCACCACCAAAGUGACAUUCCCCAAUGCUGUCACCCUGCUUGAUGCAGCUGCCCGCAAUGACCUGAAUGAGGUGAGGGAGCUGCUUAACAGCGGAAUCAGCCCAGAUCUGGUCAACGAGGACGGACUGACGGCCCUGCAUCAGUGCUGCAUUGAUGAUUUUGUGGAGAUAGUGCAGUGCCUGCUAGAUGCUGGUGCCAAUGUGAAUGCUUGUGACAGCGAGUUGUGGACCCCUCUGCACGCUGCUGCCACCUGUGGACACACUGGUCUGGUGCAGCUCCUGAUUCAAGCUGGGGCCGAUCUACUGGCUGUCAAUGCAGAUGGCAACAUGCCCUAUGACCUCUGUGAGGACGAGGCCACCCUUGAGCUUCUGGAGAUGGUUAUGGCUGAACAGGGGAUCACUCAGGACCGUAUAGAUGAAUGCAGAGGGGCUAAAGAAGCAGCUAUGCUGGCUGACAUUCGGGCUCUGGUUCAGAGCGGAGCAGAUUUAAACGCACAAGAUGAUAAUGGAGCAACUCUGCUCCACAUCGUGUCUGCCAACGGCUAUAUGUCUGUGGCAGAGCUGUUACUAGAGAACAAGGCUCAGGUGGAUGUGAAGGACUCUGAUGGGUGGACUCCACUACAUGCUGCCUCCUGCUGGGGACAGAUCCAAAUGGUGGAACUGUUGGUGGCACAUGGAGCCAAUCUAAAUGCAAAGUCCAUCUUAGAGGAGACACCCCUAGAUGUAUGUGUUGAUGAGGAAGUAAGAGCCAGACUGAUGGACUUGAAGCACAAACAUGAUGCCAUCAUGAAGAGCCAGGACAGGCAGAAAGGCACGCUGCAAAGACGAGCGUCUAGCACAGGAAGCAGAGGUAAAGUGGUGCGUCGUGUCAGCGUGAAUGAGCGCUCCAGUCUGUACCGCCGGGAGCACCACAAAGAGGCCAUGGUGUGGCAGGAGCGCGGCCGGCAGCCUGAGCCGCAGGAUGACGAUGAGGACAGACAGACUGACAAUGAGCUGCACCAGCAUGCUGCCAUGGUUGCUGCUCGUGGUGCAGGCACAUCACAUUUAGAAGAACUGGAGGCUGUAGACAGGAAAAUUAUGUCCAGCGUAGGGAAUGGAGAGACCUCUGUUUCUCUGGCAUCUUCUGUACCAGGAGAGCUGUGGAGUGGGGGAGGAAUCAUGGAGCGCAGCGCCUCCUAUCAGCUCAGCUCUGCAUCUGGAGCAGGGUCUGCAGAGGGUGAGGGGGGAGAUAAUAUGACUCGGGAGAAAUCACACCAUACCCUGGCUGACCUGAAACGCCAGCGGGCAGCUGCUAAGCUCAAUAAAUACCCAGCACCUGCACCACCGCUGCCUUCCCCCGUAGAGGAAGAGCCCUCUGUUGCACCAGCUGAGGUGACAAGCACUCAGGAUCAGCCAGAACCUGAAAUGACAUCUGCUGCACAGCAGGCAGUCUCCACCAGCCAGGUGUACUUCACCCCAGCCAGCGGUGAUCCUCCACUUCUGAAACUUCGAGCCCCUGAGGAGGAGCAGUCCAGCAAUAAGGAGCCUUGCUGUGGACUCAUGUAGAAAGGCUCAGGCAGUCAGACAAACGCACUGCCUACAGAGUGCAGGAGCUGGAAGUGUAACAAUCCAAAAGUGGCAAAAAAAAAACAAAACUGUCAAAACAAACACUUUAAAUGAAUCACUGGAGACUCUUAAGUUAAGGCUAUAUGCCAACAAUGGCUUGAUCUACGUUGCAUUUCAAGUGAACUAAAGUGCAAUCAAUGUGCUUGUUCCCCCUUUGAUUAACGUUCUCAUUUGUAUUGCACGCCUCACACCUCUCGCUCUCCCUCCUGCUUUAGCUACAGGAGAACUCCAGAUUCCAGUGUUGCAGUCAUGCAGUCAGAAGCACAGAUCCCCACCCACUCUGUCUUUUGGGGCAUUUCAUUACUCAUAUGUUAAAUACAAGUAGAUUGGCUGAAAGCCUCAGAGUCAUGUUAGGUUUUCCAGAUAAAACAGAAACUGAAUUGCAGCAGAUUUAUUUGAAAUCAUUGAGGUUCUUUUUUCUUAAUAUUUGCUAUGACAGGUACAUGAUCUAUAUUAGCAUACAUUAUAAAUGAGAGUGAAAGAGUUUUUUAUUUAAUGGGGGAUUGCUCAUGGUGGGUUCAGUUAAUAUUCUGAGUUUAUAUUUCCAGAAGAUGGACUGUUUCCUUGCUUGAUGUUUUUUUUUUUUCCCCUUUUUACUGAUUUUUUUUCUUCUUCUCUUGUUGAUUUCCAGUGCACAAACUUUAAAAUGGUGCAAUUUGUUAAUGAAGCAUUUGUCUCUGCUGUGAGGGAAAUUUUACUCACCCCAUCAUCAUCAUCAUCAUCACCGCCAGAUUCUUAUUUUUCUGUUAGUAUUUCUGUUUUUUCACCCUCAAAUUGGAAUCAUAUUAUUUAUUCUUCCUGAUCCUGAGACAAUUUUAUUUAAAGAUAAUUAUGAUACGUUUGUAUUAACAGAAUUUUCAGAGAUUUUGUUUCGUUUUCUUGUCAAACCUAGCACACUUGUCACGAUUGUUUAUCAAAGGUUGGUGCCUUCAUUGAUAGUUUAUUUAAAAUAGGUUUGCAGCGCUUGCACAAAGUCCCACGUGUAAAUUUGGUGAGCAGUGGGAUCAUUGAAUGAUCUGUCUGACAUGGACUUGAUGUACGCUCAGCACACUCCUAAUUUCUGUAUUGCAUUUCAGUUUUGUUAGUGAUUUUUACUGAUCCCUGUUUAAAAAAACAAAACAU